CCUAUUAUCCUUGCCACCUGAUUUCAAAAUGAGUAAGCCAUCAAUUCAACAUUUAUUUGGUUUUGCCGUCAUAACGGCCCAAUGAGGAAAACUAACUACCCUACUAAACAUAAUUACAAAGUGGCCCACGACUUUUGUCUGAGUUUGAUGCCCCUGGUAUACAGCAACAACAACAUCCUCAUUUUUGGUGGCCAGAUCAUCUUUUACCAAGAGCAGAACUUCCAGGGUGACUAUUACGAGUGCAGCAGUGACUGUCCAGAGCUGAGUAGUCACUUGAGUCGCUGCAGCUCAGUGCGUGUCAAGAAUGGGGCCUGGGUUCUGUUCGAGAGGCCAAACUACCUGGGCCGCCAGUACGUCCUCACCAGGGGCGAAUACCCAGACUACCACCACUGGAAGGGCAACACCCCCAGCGUCCGCUCCUGCCACAUUAUCCCCUAUUUUUCUGGCACAUUCCGAAUCCGCAUUUUUGAGAAACCUGACUUCAGUGGUCAGAUGUUGGAGUGCAUCCAAGAUAUCAAUCAACUAUCAGAUGUUUGGUCUCCGGGGGGCGUACACUCUGCCCAAGUGCAAGACGGCGCCUGGAUCUUCUAUGAGCUUCCCGAUUAUAACGGACAACAGUAUUUGCUGGAGAGAGGCCAGUACCGCCGCUUCGGUGAGUGGGCCGCCAUGGAGCCCACAGUUGGAUCCCUCCGGCGUGUCUGCGACAUUUAGAUGCAACUUUAUUUUGAAAACAAAA